CCUCACAGCAAUCACCAAUCCACGGAAAGAGCCGAAGAUGUCGACUCGGUCAUGUGAUCAGCUGAUCCCAUCUGUCACGCUGACAGCUCAGCACUGACGAUCAGUGUGCCCUGAUGAUCUGUGUAGCCCCAGCAGUGCCACCUGUCAGUGUCCAUCAGUGCCAGCUCUCAGUGCUCAUCCAUGCCACCUGCCAGUGUCCAGCAGUGCCACUUUUCAGUGCCACAUCAAUGCCACAUAUCAGUGCCCAUCUGAGCUGCCUUUCAGUGUCACCCAUAAGUGCCAGUCAGUGCCACCUAUCAGUGCCAGUCAGUGCUGCCUAUCAGUGUGCAUCAAUUCCGCCUAUCAGUGCCACCUAACAGUGCCAGUCAGUGCCACCUAUCAGUGCCAUAUAUGAGUGCUGCCUUUCAGUGCCAUUCAGUGA